AUGGACAGUGAAUCAAGCGAAACACUAACAGGAAUGGUACUUGGAUUACUACAACGUCUUUUCAAUGAUAUUUGGACAAGUCCAAUAAAUCUAAUUCUUGUCUUUUUGAUUAUAUUUUUACUUGUUAAACUGUUUUUAUUAAAACGUACACCAACACAUAGCCCAAGUUCAUCGACAGUCCCACCACCCUUACCCAAAAUGGCUAAACAAGAUUUGACAAUAGAAGAAUUACGUAAAUACAAUGGUACAGACUCAAAUGGUCGAAUUCUUACAGUUAUCUAUGGGGAUAUAUUCGAUGUAAGUCGUCGAAGUGAUUUAUAUGGACCAGGUGGAGCUUAUUCAUUAUUCGCUGGUCGAGAUGCAACACGAGCAUUAUCAAAAAUGCAAUUGACACAAUCGUUAUUUGCAGAUGAAUACGAUGAUCUCGCUGAUCUUUGUGAUGCUGAACGAGCUACUGCUAGAAAUUGGCAUGAAGAUUUUCGUGAAAAAUAUGAUAUUGUUGGUCGACUUCUCAAGCCAGGCGAAACCCCCAGUGUCUAUGCAGCUGAAGAUUCAGAACUCAAUGGUACUGCCACUGCGGCCGGUGAACUCAAAAAAACCGAAUAG